AGUCAUUGACAGGAAGAAGUUCUUCCCAGCCUCGGCAAGCUCAUGUUUUCGGGUUAAGGCGGCCGACGUACUCUACAAUAUCAUUUGCAAGACCUCUCCGGACACGUCCCCACCGCAUCCACACUACCACCAAAGUCCACGCGUUUCCCGAAAAAGCUGUAACACAUGGAGUUAAAUAUCGUUGAGAUACCGAAGCUCAAUGCUACUCGUAGCCAAAACGGAGAAAAGCCUCUCCGCUUCGUAAAGCGGCAUCGUUUUAAGGCCAAGCGCGAGCGCCAGGGGGAUACUAAAGUGGGUCUGGGCAGCUUGCGCAUCAAAGAAGCUCCGUUGGUUGGUCCCGAGCCCACAGCAUCAGGCCAAAAACCACGUAGCGUGAAGAUAAACAAGCCGCAAGACUUGUCGUCUACAGCUUUGGUUCUUGGCAAGAAACGAAAACUAAGGGGAGACCUGCUGUCCGAGCAGCAGGAACACGAGGUGGACGGUCCCCUCAAGCGGCGGACAAUCUCCCACUCGACGCACCCAACAUCUCGCACAGACGUCCCGGUGGGUGAAGGUCAUGAAGGCAAGGGAAUGAAGAGUAGGCUUACAGAUUCGGUCUCUACGCCUGUUGCCCCGGGACGUGCACCGUCCUCGGAUUCCUUGGUGAGGGUCUCCGAGAGCGAGGAAGGCAAGCGGACUGCGCACUGUCGUCUUGGAAGUGUGUCAACGACAUCGAUGCCGAGGCCGUCAAAACCCUCAAAAGAUGAAGAUGACAAGACUGCCCCAACCAAAACGCGCCCGCCUACGAAGGCCAGCACCAGUCGCGAGGCGACCGAUCCCUCUUCACGCGAAUCGAGUACGGCCAUCGACCUGGGACCUGGGGGUUCAAGAUGUGGUUCGCCAUUCACACCACUGUGCACAGGAUAUAGUCGUAAAAACCCUGCACCUGCCUCAGCUGCCCGCCUGGAUGAGUUCCACAUCAAACCCUCCGAGCUCGACAUGGUCACUGCCGCAGUGCCUACCGGCAGAGAUAAAGAAGGCGCUACAGCUUCUACCUCCGACCCAACGUCUGCCAGGAAGAGAAAAAUAAGCAAACACAUCUUCACAGCCACUCCCUUCUCUGGCCUUGGCCUGCACGAGCACCUAAUCCGCGUCUUGGAGGCCCCUCGAGAGCACCACGGCUUGGGACUGCGUGUGGCCACCCGCGUCCAAAGCGCUGCUCUCCCCGCACUGCUUCAAUCCGCCCGCCCCAAUGCCCUGAUCUGCUCUGAAACGGGGUCUGGUAAAACCCUUGCCUACCUGCUUCCUAUCCUGCAGCACUUGCAGGCGCUACAGCCACGGCCUUCGAGGGCGGAGGGGACGCGUGCCAUCAUUGUGGCGCCGACCCGGGAGCUCAGUCACCAGAUAUACGACGUCUUGUCUCUUCUCGUCCGAGCUUUCAUUUGGAUCGUUCCAGGGCUGGUGAGUGGUGGAGAGAAGCGCAAAUCGGAGAAAGCGCGCCUGCGGAAAGGCGUGACGGUCCUGGUGGGGACACCCGGGCGGUUGUUGGACCACCUGCAGAACAGUCAAGCCUUUCGGCACGAGGCCACGGAGUGGCUGGUGCUGGACGAGGUCGACCGGUUGCUGGAUUUGGGAUUCGAAGCGCAGGUUCGUGAAAUUGUGGAAAAGUUGCGGACGGGCCGAGAGGGGGGAAGCAGUGGGCGAGAGGAAGCCAGGGCUAGAGUACAGGUGCUAGCCGCCUCCGCCACCCUGACGGCCGCCUUGGACAAGUUUGGGUGCGAGCUAUUGGGUCAGCAUGUGCGGAUCGAUGCCAAGACUGGAACGGUGGUAGAUGUCGAUGUCGCCGCGACUCCCGGAGGGGGGCAAAUGGGGGCGACAGACGGAGAGGGAGGGGGCCAAGACGG